CCUCAAGUCUCUUUCCUCACUUCUUUCUCUUCACUUUUUUUUUUUUUGAGGGGUUUUGGGGAGUAAGUGAGUGGGCUGGGAUGGGUCUCUUAAGCGGCCCGAUUGAGAGGAGGGAGGAAGCAGGGGGCUUCCGAGUGGGUAACCCGGACGCAGGGUGUGGGGUGGGGCAGUUUGUGGGGAGCGGUAAUUGAAAGGCGUCGGUUGCUCCCCAACUCUUUUCUCCUGCUUUUCUCCACUGUGGGCGGAAGGUUUGAAUCCUGGAGGUGGGGUCUCCUGUUUGGAGUUUGGGAAACUGCGAGGUGAAUUUGAGAAUGGUUAAUAACGCUGAUCAUCUCUAGGAAGGAUAUUGAUUCACCUCAUGUAAAGUAUGCUCAGUUCCUUUCCAGUGGUUUUGCUGGAAACCAUGUCUCACUAUACAGAUGAACCCAGAUUUACCAUAGAGCAGAUAGAUCUCCUUCAGCGCCUUCGGCGUACUGGAAUGACUAAACAUGAAAUUCUCCACGCCUUGGAAACUUUGGACCGUCUUGAUCAAGAGCAUAGUGACAAGUUUGGAAGAAGGUCCAGCUAUGGAGGAAGUUCUUAUGGAAAUAGUACCAACAAUGUUCCAGCAUCUUCCUCUACAGCUACAGCUUCCACACAGACCCAGCAUUCUGGAAUGUCCCCAUCUCCUAGCAACAGUUAUGAUACCUCCCCACAGCCUUGCACUACCAAUCAAAAUGGGAGGGAGAAUAAUGAGCGAUUAUCCACGUCCAAUGGAAAGAUGUCACCCACUCGCUACCAUGCAAACAGCAUGGGUCAGAGGUCUUACAGUUUUGAAGCCUCAGAAGAGGACCUAGAUGUAGAUGAUAAAGUGGAGGAAUUAAUGAGGAGGGACAGCAGUGUGAUAAAAGAGGAAAUCAAAGCCUUUCUUGCCAAUCGGAGGAUUUCCCAAGCAGUUGUUGCACAGGUAACAGGUAUCAGUCAGAGCCGGAUCUCUCAUUGGCUGUUGCAGCAGGGAUCAGACCUGAGUGAACAGAAGAAAAGAGCAUUUUACCGAUGGUAUCAACUUGAGAAGACAAACCCUGGGGCUACACUAAGUAUGAGACCAGCCCCCAUUCCAAUAGAGGACCCAGAGUGGAGACAAACACCUCCCCCGGUCUCUGCCACAUCUGGCACCUUCCGACUACGGCGAGGGAGUCGAUUUACCUGGAGAAAGGAGUGCCUGGCUGUCAUGGAAAGUUACUUCAAUGAGAAUCAAUACCCAGAUGAAGCUAAGAGAGAAGAAAUUGCCAAUGCUUGCAAUGCAGUUAUACAGAAGCCAGGCAAAAAACUGUCUGAUCUGGAACGAGUUACCUCCCUGAAAGUAUAUAAUUGGUUUGCUAACAGACGGAAGGAGAUCAAGAGGAGAGCCAAUAUUGAAGCAGCAAUCCUGGAGAGUCAUGGGAUAGAUGUACAGAGUCCAGGAGGCCAUUCCAACAGUGAUGAUGUUGACGGAAAUGACUACUCAGAGCAGGAUACUUGGCAAGUACGCAAUGGGGAGGAGGAGGAGGGAAGAAGUUCAGAGGGAGGCAGAGAAGCAGAGAAGGUAGAAGAAGAGAGGAGGAUCUGAUCCAAACAAGAUGACAGCACUAGCCAUAGUGACCACCAAGACCCCAUCUCAUUAGCUGUGGAAAUGGCAGCAGUCAACCAUACUAUCUUGGCAUUGGCCCGACAAGGAGCCAACGAAAUCAAGACAGAGGCCCUGGAUGACGACUGAUCAGGGAGGGUUGAACAGGAGAAGUUAACUUAGUUUAGACGUAGCACCUUAGCAGACUUUCCUCGGUCCUUAACAUGUGUUCUUACAGUAUAACUUGCAGUUUCUUGUAUGUCAGUUAGCCGUUAGGGUCUUGUUCUGUGAAGAUGGCAUGGUGCCCUCAGCCUUUGCAUAUACUCUCUCAGUAUUAAUUCCCAGUAAAUAAUAACCAACCAACCAACCAAACUCCCUCUCCCAGCCCCCGAGGCUAGAAAAUCUUGCUGCUCUGUCUUAGCAUUCCACGAAAGUGCUUCCAGGUAUUUAGAUAGCCCUCAGUUCUCCAAUAUUAGGCUACAUGUAAAACCUUGGGUACCUUUAGAUUCCUGUAACACUAGUCUGUACCCUUUUCCUUCCCCAAGACUGAUAGGAUGCAAGCUGAGGUAGUGUGGCCCAGGAUUGACAGACACCAUUUGGGGAGUAUCCGCAGAGUAAAAGGAACACUAGAAUUCCCACUCAGCGUGGGAAUCAUUGAUUUCCAGCUGCAAUAAGCCGUGCCUCGUAAUAGUCACACUGUGGCUAGAUUAUACUUCUUUGGGUGCUGUGCUAAGAAUGUGCAUGGAAAAACUUGAUCUCAGAUUUUGGUUGAUGUUAACAUGCCUGACACAGACAUCCUUUCCUCUCACAAGCUGUGUGACUUAGUAGAUAAAAUACUGCCUUCUGCCUUUGGGACCAUGAUUCAAACAAACAAAAAGACAAAAAACAAAAGUCAGUAAAAAAAAAACAAAAAACAACCCAGCUUGAGAGCAUUGGAAAAAAACAUGAGCUGAAUGUCUAACGGAUGUUAAGUCCAGUUCUCAGAACCGCUGUACAUUGCGUGGCACAGGUAUGUGCCUGCCCGGAAAAGUGCUGGAGGCAUCGUGGAAGCUGCUCUGCCUCCUGUUGGUGUCCCCUUCCCUGCUGCCAAAAAGUCUUUCAAGGAUGGAGCUAAGGUCACAAAUGAGUGAAUGAACUUCCAGUCUUUGUAUCCAUUAACUGAAGCCCCCUCAAUAUGAGAGGUUGAUAGAGGACUUUAGAGUGGGAUUAUGCUGGCUGACUAUCAGAAAUGCAAAUACUUUCCUAAAUAGGAGCAGAAAAAAGCAGGGGACAAUUGCCACUUAUGUGGUGGGUCUUCGAGAUACAACGUGAUGUGACUGCUUUGGUGUUCUCUUUACUCUGUCCUUGUAGAGGUGUGAAAAGCUAUAUUGCUACAGGCAAUUUAUUUAAUAAUUGGAAGCCAUAUUGAUAAUGGAUGUGGUAAUAUUUGUAAAGUUUAAUCUACUUUAAGCGGCAGUAACUAAUGGAAUUUUUUUCCUUGAUCACAUAUGUAGCACUUUUGUUACUUUUUAAAGAUAUUUAUAUUUGAUAAAUCUUUUUUUCAUUUUGAGAACUCAAAAUACCAAACAGUGAACUUGCGUUAUAAAGUCACCCUGUGAUCACCUUGUCAUCUAGUAGCAAAAUGAUGAACUAUUCAUGCAUCAAAGAAAAUUACAUCUGCUGGCCUUGUAUGAAAAUGAUCUCUUGGCAUCCCGAUUAAAUGACACACUGUCACUGUGGGGAAGAGGAAACCGCCUUCGAUGUAGCAGCGUAGGGUGCGUCUGAAGGAGGCAUGACUGCUGUAUAUUUUCUGCCUCAUUCCAUCUCCUUUCUACGCAUGGUGGAGCCUUGUUUAAAGGGGGAUGUGGGGCUGGCUAUUAAACAGGGCUUCUGUCUUGUCGUCCAUUACCUGAGAACGAUUUCUAAGGUGGAAGGAAGGUGCCGUUUCCUUACCUCUUCACCCCUCCUCCCCCACCAAAUGUAUUCAGCCUAAAACCAUUGAGAGAAAGACUGACCUUCUUUGUUUUUCCCUUCCUUGUUAGGGAGAUAUUAAAUAUCCACCAGUUUUUAGCUGGUCUGACUCCACUUAAGGCACAUGCUGACGAGGUCUUCUCCGUAUCCGUUCAUCCUGCUUAGGCCAGUGUGCGGAAGCCUUCGAGAGGGCACGAAGAUGCCACCUUAUAUGGGUCUGUGAUUUUAAAGAGCCGUGGGCAGGGACUGGGCCUGCUCUUGUUUGUGGAUUUCAGGCAGAUAAUGUAUAUACUUCCAGCUUCCAAGAACUGAA